AUGUCACUACGGCACCGCAAUAUAAAUUCACCGAGACCUUUGCGCGCAACGUCAUUCACUUUUGAACCAGCAGUGGCUUUAGAGAUUGGUUUCUGUGGAUGGAUUCUGACCAUUAUUGCAUACAUUUUAGUCCUACUGACGUUGCCAUUCUCUGCUUACGCAUGUAUUAAGGUUGUCCAAGAAUAUGAACGAGCAGUGAUAUUUCGCCUUGGUAGGCUUAUGGCUGGUGGGGCGAAAGGGCCUGGGAUUUUUUUCAUCCUUCCAUGCAUCGAUUCGUACAAAAAAGUCGAUUUACGAGUAGUAUCGUUCGAUGUGCCACCACAGGAAAUUCUUUCGAAAGAUUCAGUAACGGUGGCCGUCGAUGCAGUUGUAUAUUUCCGAAUAUCAAAUGCAACAAUAUCGAUAACAAAUGUCGAAGAUGCUAGCAGAUCGACAAAGCUUUUAGCACAAACAACUUUGAGGAAUAUUCUAGGCACGAGAACUUUAGCUGAAAUGCUUAGUGAUCGCGAUGCGAUAUCGCUGCAAAUGCAAGUAAUGAAUUUCCCUAAAACUUCUUUUAUAAAAACUUCUUUUAUAACUUUUGCUGAACUUUAG